UUACUACCCGUGAGGUUUAUAUGCUGUCCGAGAGAUGACCUAAUUGUGCUGAUUGCUCGGAUGCUCAACUCUUUGAUUGAUAUAAACGACACAUAUGUGGAUCCGUCUGCAAGUCCAAGGACCACGGGCACAAUCCAGUCUUCAUCUCACGUCUUGUCCUCGCAUUUGACCAGAUUCCAUUCAAGAACACCACCAAGCAUAUCCGUGUAUAGCUACCUUGCGAGACUGGCCAGGUAUUCAAGUCUGGAAAAUGCCGUGCUGCUGAGCGCUGUUUACUAUAUUGACCUUCUGAGUACGGUGUACCCGUCCUUCUCGCUGAAUUCACUAACGGUACAUAGAUUCCUAUUAACGGCAACCACAGUUGGAUCAAAAGGAUUGUGCGACUCCUUCUGCACAAAUGAGCAUUAUGCAAAAGUUGGAGGUAUCCACGCCAAUGAAUUGGACAUUUUGGAGAGGGAAUUCUUGACGAAGGUGAAGUACAGAAUACUUCCACGGCAGUGUAAUAUUCAAAAGUGCAUUCGUGAAGACCAUUGCAAUCACGAUUUAACACCACAACAACAGCAGCAGCAACUUGACUUCGAUUCCGAGCAUCCAGAACGGCUUCCUCAAGCUGGUUACACAAUUUUAGACUUAUACUAUAGCCGAAUGAUUUCAUUGAUAGGAACG